AUGGUAGAAAAGCGCAAACGUGUUGUAUUAGAAUUUAAUCAAAAACUCGAAAUUAUCAAACGAUUGAAGAAAGGUGAAACUGCUACCAAUAUUGCUCAGAUUUAUGGUGUUGGGAGAACAACAAUGAAUGAUAUAAAACGUGAUGCUGAAAAAAUUGAGCAGCAUGUACCAUUAAUGCAAAGCAAUGAUGGUGAUGUAAGAAGUCAUAAAACAAAGAAGCCGGAAAAAUAUGAGCAGCUUGACAACGUUAUGCAUCAGUGGUUUAUUCAAGCCCGAAGUAAAGGAAUUCCAUUUUCAGAUCCUAUUUUAAUGGCCAAGGCAAUUGCAAUGAAUAUAAAACUAAAUGGCGAUCCAAACUUCAAAGCAAGCAUAGGAUAG